AGGGCGAACAAAACUCAAUACUGAACUGAAAUUUUUUGUGUGUGCCAACCGGGGUCAAGCAAAUAACCUUUUUGCAGUUUGUUCGCUGGUUGAGUCUACUUAAAUAUUCGUAGUCAGUUGCGAUGAAGAUUUCUCUGAGCAAAGGUCUCUUAAUUUUAUUCUGGUCGUCCUUUGUUUCAUUACAAUAACACCGACAUAGGCAUAAGAAAAGAACGCUUGUGCUCAGCUCAUGCCAGGUGUCCGUCCUCAUAUGCCUGCGUUACAUGUAAUUACUUUCUCCGGCCCAGAUCCUCACGGUCAAUUUAUUCGAAGUUUUAGGUACACCAGCGGGAAAGUGUAGGUCUCACCGAAUAACUAGAAGAUGUCGAUUGCAAGUCGUAAGAAUGGAAUAUCUUCCGAGUAUCUUUCAGCAAGUUUGUUUGGUACAGAAUUUGUUGCACCAUCACGACGACAUUUCCGGCAAAUCGAUUUCACGAAACAAAUUACGGGUCACGUAAAGCUACGUAAAAUAAAUGCAUUUCGAUUGGUUCAUGCAUUGAAAGGAACCAAUGAGAAAUAUGCAUUUAAAGAGGAUUACAUGUCAACUACCUAGCUUUGGAGUAGAGGUUUUGUUGGACAGUCCCGCUUGACGGCUGCCUCAGUCAGUAGUUUAUUAUUAACGUCGAUCGUUCCAGAAGCUAAAUAACACCAUAAUGAGUGGGGACGUGGAAGAGAAUGUAUCAAUUUUCCUUUCUUUUAGUAAUCUUGGUGUGAAGAUCGAUGAUCGACAAAUUCUUCAAAAUGUGAGCGGGAAAGUUCACCCUGGUGAAAUGUUGGCUGUAAUGGGGCCCAGUGGUUCUGGUAAAACAACAUUGCUUAACAUUCUUGCUGGAAGAUUGUCCCCAGAAGAUGGUGAAAUACUUCUCAAUGGAACAAAAAUAAACAAGAAACUGAAAAAGAAGAUUUGUUAUGUUUUACAAGAAGACAUUUUCUUUACAAAUCUUACUCUUCGGGAAACUCUUACGUGUUCUGCAAUGCUCCGUCUACCUGAUACCGUUGAUGAAAUUGUUGACAACCUGGAUGUCAGGAAAUGUUUGGACACAAAAAUUGGGAACUCUUUUGAAAGAGGAUUAUCUGGAGGGGAGAAAAAAAGAGCAAACAUUGGUUCUGAACUGAUAACAAAUCCUUCCUUGAUUUUCCUUGACGAACCGACAUCAGGGUUAGACUCCAGUAAUGCCUUGAACCUUGUUAAAACUCUGAAGAACUAUGCAGCGAGAGAAAAGAAGACAGUGGUGACCACGAUCCACCAGCCUUCAAGUCAGAUCUUUUACAUGUUUGACAAGGUUCUUCUGCUGUGUGGAGGACAGGUAGCUUAUUAUGGGGAGGCUGGCAAAGUGCUGAAUUUCUUUGAGAGUAUUGGCCUGGUCUGCGAUGCUCACUUCAACCCAGCAGACUUUAUUUUGGAAAAGGUGACUGAAGGAGAGGAAGUACAGGAAAGGAUUGUGAAAGGCUGGGCUGACAGGCACAAACGACAUAAAAAGUUCUCAGCAAUGUCCACUGAGCAUGGACCAGGAAGACUUGAGACUCCAAACCCUACUCCAGAGAACAAUGGCAAGGAUCAGCUGGAAAACACUCAGGAUACAGCACGUGAACCAGGCAACAAAAGUGCAGACACAUUGGCUGAUAAAGAAAAAGAGACAGAAGUUGAUUCAUCAAGCUCUUCUACCACAGAGUUAGUUGAUGAUACCUCUAAUGUUCCUGACGAUGAAGAAAACUUGAAGAGCCCCAUACUAGAUGACAUGGAAGCUCCUAAUGGGCAUGUACCCUCCGUAAGUGAACUUGCAGAUGAAAAUGAGAGCUCCAAUCCCUUGAUUGCAACUCAGAAACAUCCACCAUCCAAGUCAUUGUGGAAAAGUGUGAGAAGUUCAUUUAAUGACACUAAGUCUACGGAUGCACUUCCCCCAGUUCACACGGAGGUUCGGUUGUCCUCUGCAGACUUCAAUGUGGCUGUUGUCACUUACCAGCGUACUACAUCACGGGAUUACUCCAAAGUCGACAUCCAUUAUCAUGAUGACGAUGAAGAUCAAUCAGCCUUGUACAGCGACAUCUCCACAUCAUGGGCCACUAGUUUCUGGACACAGUUCACAGUUCUGUUGCAGAGGUCGUUCAAGCAGUCCAGGCCAGAUAUUCUGUCUAAGCUAGACAUAAUUCAGAACUCACUUCUCGCCGUGGUAGUAGGACUGAUAUGGUUUCAGCUUCCGUACAAAGAGGAGAGUAUUGUGGACAGAUAUUCAUUGAUUUUCUUUGUUAUAAUGCAUUUAACUUUUUAUCCUCUCUUCCAAGCACUGAUGUCAUUUCCAAAUGAAGCAACAGUGGUGAAUAAAGAGAGAGCGGCUGGGUAUUACAGACUGUCAGCAUACUAUUUAGCCAAGCUCUGCAGUGAACUACCUCUCAUCAUAUGUCAGCCGGCGAUGUUCUUCACCAUUGCGUAUUGGAUGACGGGAUUAAACAGGAGCGAGGCUUUCCUUAGCCAACUUUUGCUGCUGUUGUUAACAGCCGUUGCGGGACAGGUAGCAUGUAUGAAUGUUUACGGGCCCUCAUCUCAGUUCUUAGCCUUUACUAAAAACAAAUCUUGCAUUCUGUUUAGUUGUCGAGAAAUGGACUCGUCAUAUGCUGCGUGCAGGAACAAUGGGACCGCUAUUGAAGGCAGUGACAUCUUAGAAAAGCUGAACGUUUCCAGAACUGUGGGGGAAAAUGUUGGUGUGCUUUUCCUGUUUGUUGCUAUUUUCAGGAUUUUAACGUAUCUUUCUCUGCGUUACCUGCAUAAGCCGAAAUGAUGGAAACGAAUUGGAGUUGAAUCAGAGGAAAAUGUGUCAGGCUGUAACACAAUGAGUAAGGAUCAUCAGAUGUCACGCGCCCGCAUUUUAUAUGACAGUGGACGAGAAAAUCACACUUUGAAAUAUAAGAUUUUUUUGCCAUAUUACAUUACUGAAUAAAUUGAUCUUGUAAAAACAAAUUCGUAAUAAUUUGUGUAUUGGCCGUUCUAUUUUUUUAAACAUACUUUUAAAGCGUGUGCCUGAAUUGAACCAUCGAGGCAUUUUCACAGUGAAUGUAAUUAUAUUUUCUGGUACUGUACACAACUUGAGUUAUCCUGAAUUUCCCAGACCAACACAGAGUAGUGUUCCGCAAAAUGCAUUAAAUCACAUUAUUUUA